AUGGCACAGCAAAAGCCUGAACCAGUAGCCAAGUUCAAAGUAGGUUUUCUCUUCAUUUCAGUGUUUCAACUAAAAUUUGGCAUUUCUGCACAAUGUCUUGAGUUUAGUACACGAGGGUACCUCUAUAUCAUUUGGUAGUACUGAACAUUCAUAUUUUAUAUUUCUGUUUAGCUCGUUCUUGUCGGUGAUGGUGGUACUGGAAAGACAACCUUUGUCAAACGUCACUUGACUGGAGAAUUUGAAAAAAAAUAUGUUGGUGAGUAACCUACGUGAUCAUAACUUCAUUUCGCAAUUUUCGUAUCAGGGACACCGUUUGCCUAAAUUUAACCCAAAACCACGUUUCUACAGAUAUCUCAUUCAUUUUUACGUUAAGGAGUAUUAACUGCAAACCUAUCAGUACAAUUUGAUACUAUAUUUUUUUCUGCUUAAGCUAGGAAUUUAGUCUUGAAUUAGUUCCUAAACAUCACACACGUAAAAUAUUUGAACUGUUGAGAGUUCGCGCGCUUUUUUUGAUUAAUUCUGCAAAUCAAUUACUCACGCUUUCCAUUAACUUUCCAAUUUGGAAGCGGUAAAAAGCUACUCUGAGUACAAACACAAGGGACAUUUUCCCCGGAAGACAUUUUUUGAAGUUUAUGUGCUUCUUAAAGUAUGAAAAUUAAACAGAAUUUUGCCCAAGCCUGAGAGAUUAAGGAAAAAAAAAACAUAUUUUAGUAUUUGCCUAAAUUAUGCUAAAUUAUUUUUGGAUAAAGGCUCUGCUGGACACAGCACAAUUUCAAGAUGACUGCCCAUGUGUUGCCAGUGUUACCGUGGAAGUGAUUAACACGAUAACGAAAAUUCAAUUCUGCAGAGCACCAAUGGUGCUGUGAACUUUGGAGUAACAUUUUUUGAAGAAAGAUAUGAAUUUGUUGCUGAUUGAAUUAAAUGUACCUAUCAAAUUAUAGCAGAAACUGGCUCCUUAUCUGGAUGCAGAUAAUCAAGACAAUUAAAACAGAAUGGUUUCUAUGUCAGAACAAUUAUAUAUGACAGAAUUCGAAAGCACCUAAGCUAUUAUCAUAAAUUUGUCUCUGGGAUUAUUCAACAAUGUUCACUUUUCCUUCAGCAAAUAAUUGUUUAAUAUACUAUACAGGUGAAUAGUACCUUUGCAGGCACUGAUUGGCUAGUUUGAAAGGGAUUAGCAAGUACUAUUCACCUCCCAGCAGCAGAAUAGACGAAAUCGUGGCAAGAGUUUCAUUUCUGAUCAUUUUUUCGGCAGAAAUGAAUAUUUUAGUAAAGGGUAUGUGCUAAAACAAUAAUUUACCCUACUGUCGAUGAAAGUGGUGGAUAUGUAACUCUGCAAUUUGCAGUUUGGUAAAUAUCCACCAUUUAUCACCUCCACCUUGGCAAGUAACUGUUAAUUAUUAAUGCAGGAAUGUUCAUGAUUUCCUUGUAAAAUUAUUCAUGUGUGGGUAUCAUUGGAAUGUUUGGUUGCUCAUUGGUAAAUGUUCCACUGAAAUGGGACUUAAUAAUCCUUCUUCAGUGGAAGUCAAAGGUAUGGUGCAAGCUGACGGUAAAGGAAGAAUCUUUUUGACAGGGACAUGUUGUAGAUAAGUUAGAAUUUUUCAGAAGCUGCCACAAGUGGAAGUUUAUUACACUGCAUUUCAUUCUGAAAACAGCUUUGACCAAAAUGCAAAUGCCAUAGGGGAUCUGAAUUGAUAAAAUUUACAUAUUUUAAAAAAAUGUCUAAUGGUUGAUUGAAAAAUUCUAGUGCAACUUUCCUUUGACCUGAGGAAUCGUUUUGUGAUAACCUAUUAACAAUGAUGUCCAUGGCAGCUUGAAAGUGAAUUAGAACCAAAAUGGGGGGUUUGAGGGGUUAAUUGUUCUCACAGUUAGUUUGUUUCUGUAUCCAGCAACACUAGGAGUUGAGGUACAUCCACUGGUGUUCUACACAAACCGAGGAGCUAUCCAGUUUAAUUGCUGGGAUACUGCUGGUCAAGAAAAGUUCGGUGGUCUCCGUGACGGCUACUAUAUCCAGGGCCAGUGUGCAAUCAUCAUGUUUGACGUUACAUCACGAGUAACAUACAAGAAUGUGCCAAGCUGGCACAGAGAUCUUGUUAGAGUGUGUGAAAACAUCCCUAUUGUGCUUUGUGGAAACAAAGUUGACAUAAAAGAUCGUAAAGUCAAGGCCAAGUCAAUAACAUUUCACAGAAAGAAGAACUUACAGGUACUGUUACCUGCAAACUUUCUAAGAAAUAAUCAUAUUUUAAGAAACAAGGAAGCAAAAAAGAGUAGCAUUUUGUCUGAAAAAAAAAUGUUAUAAGUUUGUUUUCAGUUCAAUCCAAAAAGCAGAAAAGAAUGCAAAAUUAACAAUUUUUGAAUCCUUUGAAAUAUCUUCAAAGCAUGGUUACCUUAAUGUGCAACUGAUCAAACAUAGGAAACAAGCAUUGCAAACAUUUUGCAAGCAAAAUUAGUCUAGUAAGAAAAUGAAAAGGGCCAACCAUUAGUCUUGGUCAGCCUUAUUUCCAGUCCAUUUGGCAAAAACAGAGAUUUAUAGAAUUAUAUCUCCUCAUGUUUAAGACCAAACUAAAGUUAUUAUGGAGUAAAAGUCCUUGUAUUCUUCCAGCCAUGCUCAGUAGGGUGAAGUCAGUAGUUUGAAAUGACCUCUGCCCUACAUUAAAUCGAACUGAGAAAGAAUUGUGGGGGGCCUAAAUAGCAUGAUUCUUAUUUAACAGUUCAGUUGAGCCUAAAGGCUUUUCUGAACGAUAUCACCAUGUUACACAGAUAAUAUACUAUUAUUUAAAAUCUGCAAACUCUUAAAGCAGGAUUUUGUGAUUAAGAGUCUUACACCAGUCUGUGUAGAAUGCUUUGUCAGCAAUAUUAUCUUAUCUUUAUUUCCUUACAGUACUAUGAUAUAAGCGCCAAGAGUAACUACAACUUUGAGAAGCCAUUCUUGUGGUUAGCACGAAAACUUGUAGGUGAUCCAAAUCUAGAGUUUGUGGAGAUGCCUGCUCUUGAACCACCAGAGGUCCAAGUUGAUGUAACACUAAUGCAACACUAUGAGCAGGAGCUUGCUGAUGCCCAACAAACAGCUUUGCCAGAAGAUGAUGAUAAUGAUAUAUAA